GGUUGGGACACCCCAGUGUGGCUGUGAGGACCGGGGUGGGAGCUGGGACCCCCCACUGUCGGACUGGGAUCCCCAGAACUGGGAAUGUGGGGCUGGGACCUCCAUAUGUAGCACCGAGGACCCCCGGGCUGGGGGUGCGGGACUAGGACCCCCAAUGUGGCACUGGGGACCCCCUGUUGUGGCACUGGGGACCCCCAAGGAUCGAGUUGUGGGGCUGGGACCCCCCCAAUGUGGCACUGGGGACCCCCGGGUUGGGGGUGCGGCACUGUGAGUCCCCCGGGCGGGGGUCCCCGGUGUCCCCUCCCCGUCCCUGUCCCCGUCCCGAUGACGCGGAGCCUGGCGGUGCCUGGCACAGGCGGUGCCACCCGGGCACUGGCCGGUGCCACCGGGUCCCCAGGGGGGUCGAGGACACCGAGGGGGGGGUCAGGCCCUGGCGGGGGGACCCCGCCGGGGUUGGUGGUGACCCCCCUGCUCCCUCAGCAGCCCCGAGCCCAGGCGAUGGCCGAGGACCGAGAUGUGCGAUUUGUCACCGAGGAGAGCUUUGACUUCGGGAUCCUGUCCCCCUCUGACAGCCAGGAUGAAGAGGAGGACGAGGAGAGCCCGGGCGGGGGGUCCCGGCGCGGGGGAGGGGGCAGCGGGCGCUGGAGCCCCCUGCGAGGUGCCCGCCUGGAGGAGAUGGUGCGGGAGGCCACUCGCUUGGCCGCCCAGCUCGAGGGGUGUCACCUGCCCCCCCCCGCCCCCGGGGACCCCCCUGGCCCCGCCGCCACCCCCCCAGGCACGCCCCGCAGCCCCCGGCGCCAGACGUUCGUGGUGAAGGACAGCCCGGUGAGGGCACUGCUGCCCACCGUGGAGUCCCAGGCACCGCCCCCCGCCAAGCCCCGGGGGGGGUCUGCUGCCACCGCUGUCCCCAAAGCACGGGAGGGGCGCGGGGGGCCCCCUCCACCGCAGCCUCGGCCUGCAAGGCGGGAUCCCCCCCCGCCCGCCUGUGGCCCCCCCGCAAGACGGCAGCGAGCAGCACCCCAAGGUGACACCCCCGGGCCCCCCCCGCGCCCACCGGAGGGGCUCGGCGUGCCCGCCCCCCCCCUCCAACCUGGUGUGCGGUGGGGGGGGACAGAGCCGGGACCCUCCCCAAGGAUGAACGAAAGCACUCUCUGGGUUUUGGAGGGGGGGGGGACAGAGCCGGCCCCCCCCCAGGAUCAAACCAAGUCGCUCUCUGCAUUUUGGGGAGGGAAGGAGGGAGCAGAGCCGGGACCCCCUCCAGGGACAAACCAAGGCACCCUCUGGGUUUUGGGGUUGGGGGGAGGCAGAGCCGGGGACCCCCAGGGACGAACCGAGACACCAACUGGGUUUUGGGGUGAGGUGGCAGAGCCGAGCCCCCCCCUCCCGGCUGACUAGCCAAGGCACCCACAGGAUUUUGGGGGAGGGGGGGCAGAGCUGGGACACCCCAAGGACAAGCUGGGGUUGGGGGGGCUCAGAUCUAGGAACCUCCACGGACAAACCAAGACACCAGUUGGGUUUUGGGGGGAGGGGGCAUCAGAGCCGGGGCUCCCCCAGGGAUGAACCAAGACACUAGUUGGAUUGUGGGGUGGGGGGAUCAGAGCUGGGGGCUCCCCAGGAAGGACCCAAGGCACCCACAGGGUUUUGGGGUGGGGGGGCAGAGCCAGGCCCCCCACAGGAAGGACCCGAGGCACCCUCUGGGUUUUGCUUUAAUUACAAAAGGUCCCGUCAGCCAUAGAAACCCCCCUGCCCACCCCUCAGCAUGCAGGGUUCUCUCUCCUCCCCCCCCAAGCCCCACCUCUGGGUGCCCCCCCUAACCCCCACCCCUGGGGGGGGAUGGGUAACUAUGGGGGGGGCUCAGAAAUCCCUGCACCCCCCACCUGACCCCACCCCGGGGGGGUUGGCACCACAACUGGCACCACAAUUGGCACAAUGGAGGGGGGGUUGGCACCUUGGGGGGGGUUGGGGGGUCGGCACAAUGGUAGGGGGUUAUAAAUCCCUUUUUUUUUGUAUUUUCAUGUAUUUUUUAAAUAAAACCCUUUGCCGGG